AUGGAAUAUGACCAUGAAAUCACAAGUCAUGACAAUGGUAGAGAGAAGAAGAGAUUUAUGAUUGUUCGGCGAAGAAUGAACAAAAGGAGAAUGAUAAUGUGCAUAAGCAAGAAUGAUCUUCUUCCUCGCUAUGCAAGCAGAGAUUGCAAUAGAGAUUUGCAAGUGGAAUUUUCCAAGUCGAGGUUGGAAGACAGAUUGCACAAGACUACCCUACAUAUAUUGUGUUUUAGAGGAGACUUGCAGGAACCUGAAACAGGUCGGGUGCAAUUCAAAAUGGAAUAUGACCAUGAAAUCACAAGUCAUGACAAUGGUAGAGAGAAGAAGAGAUUUAUGAUUGUUCGGCGAAGAAUGAACAAAAGGAGAAUGAUAAUGUGCAUAAGCAAGAAUGAUCUUCUUCCUCGCUAUGCAAGCAGUGGAAGCAAGCAAAAGUUCACAUCAUCAUCUCCUCCAUGCCAUGUGGUCUUCAAGUAUCUGGUGCCAUUACUAGCUGCCCUGGUCACCAUGCAGUAUCAAUCCAAAGGUAAGGAUCCAUUUGAAGCUCGGCCUAUCAAUAUGUGGUGCUUCUGUAUAGCCACAUCCAUCUACUGCCUCGCUAUGGGAAUAAGAAAUCAAAUUCAAACACCAAAAUACUUGCAAAUACUCUUAAGCCAUGUUAUUCUCGUAGCUGGAGUUCUUUCUUCGGUCUCACUAGGAUCGGUUAUCCUCCCACCACGCUUCCGUGGGCAGCUCAUUAUUUUUGCUGUAUUGGUAUUUUUACCAAUAAUAUUGGCUCGAAAUAUACUCAAGCGUGGAUAUGUUUGGAUCUACAAUGGAGUAACCAAUGUGGCUGCCCUCAUCAUCCCCAAUGUCGUCAUCGGAUGGAACGUGACUGCAGAGCCAAAUCCAUCUCAACCGGCGUAA